AAUGCAAUGAGUGGCUCCACCGGCAAAUGCCACGUCUUCCUGUUCGGUACCGAGAUCGAAGAAGGCAAGGCAGGCAAAGCGCUUCAAGUUAUUGCGCCUCCUCUUAUGUGCCUCCAACACUGGUCCGUUGUUUUCAAGUACGACGACGGUAAUGUUGCCGUUUGCGAAGCCAAUCCCGACAAGAAAGGAACACUGGUCGGUCACUUUUCGUGGAAGGCUGCCGACCACGCUGAGAAGGUCGAAGCGAAUAAGGUAUCACUCGGCAACCACACGAUCCCUUCCGAACGAGUGGUCAGCGUCAUGCGAGACAUGAACAGAGGUACCAAGUACAUCCUCUACAGAAACAAUUGUCAGAGCUGGGUUAAGGAGCUGCUCCAACGUCUCAACAUUCCGUGUCCAGUGACAGCGUUUACCGACACACCUGUAGGACAACAAAUCAACAAAGUAGUGGACAUCAUAGAAGGUGGCUCAGAAUCGGAGGAAGAGAACCCGACGACGAAAACAACAACACCGGCGGGAACAAGCCAGCGGAACACUCCAGCAGCAACACCGUCCGCGAGCAAAGGAAAAAAAGGAAGCAAGCGGAACAAAAGUCGGGCGACACCUCAGGAAACACCACAGGGGACACCGAGUCGAGAAAGAGCUCGAGGAGCAGGUCAAAGACAAGCAGAGGGUGGAACACGAGCGGCUCCGCUCGCUUUCGUUGGAGCUGCAGCAACAGCAGCAGCAGCGGCCGUUGCUGGGGCUUGGAACAGAUAUCGAGGAAGGAGGCGACCACAUGAUGACCAUUGAUGCCCCCGACAGUGAUCGAUAGCUCUCUAUCUGGUGUUUGAUGUCGCGUUCCGUCGUAUCAUGAAUUCCGUCGUGCCACCCCCUCUUCUCAACAGAAAUAAUACGACACCCUUAAUUGGAAUUUAAUUCGAAUUAUACGUUAGCCGCAUGAGGUCUUCUACAGGAUAUGCGUAAGGUAUUGGUGCGGUUAUAUGCCAACGUUUGUGACUUGGUUUUAAAUGGUACCAGUUUCGACAAAGCGGCCUUUACGUAUCCUGAAUUGCGAACUAUCGGUAGCACCCAGUAUUUUCAAGGUAUAAAGAGUUA